AUGGCCUCAAAAUUAAACGAUGAUUGUUUAUACUAUAUUUUUCAAUAUUUAGAGGGUGAUUGUAUAUCUCUACUUGCUUGUCUUCUCGUGGAUAGAAAAUGGUGUCGAAGCGCCGUCCCAAUUUUAUGGAGCAACCCUUGGAAAUAUCGAAAAUUUAGUAAAAGGUGUUACAGUGGUGCAAUUUCAAUAAUUAAUACGUAUAUUUCAACCUUACCGGAGGAAACUAAACAAGGGUUAAUCAAUGAAAUUAUUGUACGACCUUAUUUGGUGACGAGGAAUGCAACUUUUGAGUAUGAAAAAUACAUGAGAAGUUUAAAUAUUUUUGAACUGGAAUUUUAUGUUAGAAAAUGGGUCAGUUAUCAACCUGUUCGAUUUGCGACUACCAGACGUAAAAUUAAAGGUGUCAAAAAUAUUGCAAAAACAACAACUGCCAAUCAACCAGAUUAUGAUCGUGAUACAAGGAUCUUGAUGUCUGAACUUUUAUAUUUAUUCCUCGUCAAUUCACAAAAGAUUGAAACUCUUUACAUUUCAGAUUUUGAUAAGAACUUUUCAUUUAUUUUAAAGAUUGCAGAUGAAGAACCGGAAGCCAAAAAGUGUCUUCAAAAAUUACGUCAUUUAAAGAUUAGCACUCAUCAACCAAUAACUUCAUCUUUAACAAGGUUAUCAGAAAUUUCACGUAAUGUUGAACAUCUGGAAAUCGAGAAUUGUAACGUUAAUUCAUUUGAAUUAAAAAGGUUAAUCAAUGUACAAAGUAGUUUAAAAGAAUUGACCUUGGAAUUUGUAGUUAAUCAACCUUAUCAAAUCCAUAAUGUCAACAAUGUUUUAAGUGAAUUGUCAUCCAAAGCGAAAUCUAUAACAAGAAUUGAGAUCAGAGAUGCAGCGGAUUUAUUUAUCAUAUUGAAUAGUUUUGUGAAUUUAAUUGAAUUAAUUAUCAAUAACACUGAUAAAUGUAACCUACAGAAAUGGGAACAUUUAUCAAACGUAGAGUCAUUGAACAAAUUAAAAAAAUUGGUUAUUAAUAAUAAAAAAGGACCCGUUUAUUUUAAUAUCAUAGCAGAUCUUAUUAACAGAUCUUCUUGUAAUUUGGAUCAGAUUGUUAUUUUAACGACAAAACCUCAAGAUCCGACUCAUAUAGGCACUUUGAUUAAAUCCAUCAGCAAGAAUUGUUCGAAUUUAAGGGUGUUUAAGGGAUUGAUUGGUAAAGAUCACACGAGUGAAUUCUCUCAAUUAUUACAAAGAUGUAAUCAACUCAAGGUUUUGCAUAUUUACCCAGUGAAAACUUCUUGGGGGAAUGAAAUCUGUAGAUUUGAUGGUCUAUUACAACAAAUGACGAAGUAUUUAUCAUUUAAUUUAAAUAGAUUAUUUUUGGAAAAUGGUUGGUUAAUUUCCGAGAUUGACCUGUUUAAACAUUUUGUGGAGGGACGAAAAUUAUUGGAUUUGCAAAAAAUUUCUUUCUAUGCUUAUCAGUCUAUUACUUACAGAUAUCAAGAAUUGGUGGAUAUAUGCGAGAAUUAUAAAGAGAAUAAUUAUUUGCUAGAUUAUCAUUUUUAUUUUAAAUGA